GAUCUCGCAAUCUCGCAAUCUCGCUCUCGUGAAGGGCGAAACUAGUAUUGAAAAGCUUCGUAAAAAGUUUCGCGCGGUUUGGCCUGCGAGGGAAAUCGCAUGGAGGAUCUUAUAUAUCGGGGAGCACUUCUGUGACUUUUUAUGAGCGGAACAGAUGCGCCCUGCACCCGCACGCGGACUUUUAUGAGACGUGUACCGUCCUGCGGAACGAACGCCGGAAUUUUUAUAGAAAUGGAAGGGCGGAGAGAAACGUCCGUGGUCAGCGGAAGUUAGAAAAUAUCCGGGCCGAGUAGCGAUUCAUUUCCUAGUGACGUCGAAGCCGUUGUGGCUGUGGCGCCGUGAGAUCCGCCCGUCGCGUUUCAAGUGCGCAAUUAAUCGCGGAACUUAAUCGAGUGCCGAAUUAAUCGUGACGGAUUUACGGGCCGCGUUGUGUGACAGUGACAUUUGCCACACACGAUUAUGAAACGCCGUCGCCGAUGCAAGUGAUUUAGUAACAACGAAGAAGAGAAAGGACUGAUUCUCUGAAGGGAAAGAAACAAAGAAAAAAAAGAGAACCGUGAAGUCGUGAGGAUAUCGGAAGAUGAAUCGCGUAUCAAAAAACAUGCCGGAACACUGAUCCCCGACCGCGGGAAUAAAGAAGGAACCAGGGAAAGGUUUUCGCGCUCGGAUAGUACGACGUCUCCGUCUCGCCGGUCUAAUUAAUCUUCAGGACGGUAACGAGCGGACCGCCUGUGGGAUCACCGUCCGUAGCACGACACCCCGGAGAAGGUAAUGGUUUUGUGAAACUCUCAACUGGAGGUAGCACAAGCUGCGAGUAUAGCGCGUACUAGACAAGACAGUGAAGAAAGAUUCGACGGUGAGAAGAUUCGACGUUUGAGAUGCUGCCUUAAUGAGCAAACUAGAGCAGUUAGAGAGCUAAUUGGAAUUCAAUUUUCUUAAAUACACCCAUUAGUGGAUAGUUCGAUCAAAGUGCGUCGAGCCCAAGACUGGUGCCGACAUAAAUUAAAGACCAUCGACAUCGAUAACCUCGCUUAAGUGGUUUCAACCAGCAGCACUUUACACUGGUGAGGAUCACGGAAGGGGUGACGUGUCUUCGAUUACCGACUAGCUUUAGAUCUCUCAAGUGUCGGUGAAGAAGUCGAUAAGAACGCUACUCGGAGGCCUUCAAUCCUUAAGGGUUGAUAGAAAGACGACGCAAGAACGGGGGGAAACCUCUGAAAGCCUGUCUGAUCAAACUAUCGAAGCAAAUCCCCGAGGCGACUCGACGCUUCGGAAGUCAUCUUCGCCUCCGUAGAAUUUGUAACGGGUGAAGUUGGAAAGCACACUAAGUACAUCUUGCAAGCGAUUAAGAAUAGCUCUAUUAAGGAGGAGCUCAUCAAGUAAUUGAUUUCUUGAUCGACUAGGUAAAUGCCGGCAAAGAAUCAACGUGCAGACAUUCGAGCAAGCAGCAGUGGUGGCUGCUUCAAACGACACGCUUCAACGAGGCACGUUUCAGAAGAUUAAUUCCGAAAGUGAACGAAUGAAUUUCAAGCUACGGCAAGAAUUGGAUAAAUCGAUUUAAAUGCAUCGCAAUACUGUGUUCAAAAAUCAGCGUCCACAUUAAAGAUGGUUAGCUUUGCGGCACGAAGAUAUUAAAUGCUAGAACGAGUGACACACAUACAAAGAGGGCAUUCCACUCGAAGGACAAGAAACCAGAAGACGAGAGGAAUAAGAAACGCUGAGCAGCUGCGCCGGACGGAGUGUAUGGCGAUGAGACCGGAAGGUUAAUCUGAAAGGUUGGAUAGAACGAAAGGAGGAAGGGCCUAAAGUAGCUAUCACGACAGUAGAAAAAGUGAACCUUCGAGGCCACUAGAUGUGAGAAAUUGGGGUGGGCUCAAGGAUGUGUGAAGACGAAUGUGCCGAAGAUAAGAAGAGCCGGUUGAAAAGGAAGGUGAGCGUUGAUUCCUGAACUCUGUUAUCCUAGCAAAAGAAGAGACAGAGUGUUUCCACGUGUGUGGUGAUAAAAUCGUGCGCGUGGUGACGGCUGCUCUUAUCAGUAAAAAACAUAGCCAGAUCCUUCUCGAAUCCUCGGAGGAGAACUCGCUAUUGAAAUCUCACAAAAUAGUCUACGAGUUUGAGAAAGUCCUCCAAGAAUUUUCAAGAAAUUGAGAGAUAAAUCUUUAUUACUGUCGUACGACGAAGAUCUUAAAACUGUCACCAUUAAGAAUAUGGUCAUGCUAGAUAAACCUUUUGUAGAAGUUAACUAGAUACGCAACUCGAGACGAGUUGGAUCGAAGAUCCUAUUACAUCCUGGCCAUCCUGCAACCCUGUUGAAGGAAGUGCUACGGGUGAGCCGGUGGGUUAAUGGUGAUGGCAUGAGGACAUUAGUAAGGACGCGCUGCGGGUCCAGCGAGGAGGAGGAUGAGGAUGGUGGUGGGCGUGAUGGUCCUUGGUCAGUUACUGACGAGGAUCUUGCUCGCGGCCCACGCAGGAGAUCGCCUCGCGGCAGCUCGCAGAAUUCUAAAGGACGUGCCACUGAUAGAUGGGCACAACGACCUACCCUGGAAUAUACGAAAGUUCCUGAAGAACCAGCUGAGGGAAUUCAGGUUUGAUGACCUAAGUGACAUUCAUCCCUGGUCACGGAGCGCCUGGAGCCACACAGAUCUCAAGAGAUUGAGGCAAGGCAUGGUUGCAGCGCAGUUCUGGUCCGCGUAUGUGCCCUGCUCGUCGCAGCAUCUCGACUCGGUCCAGCUGGCCCUGGAACAGAUCGAUCUUAUUCGCCGAUUGGUCAACAAGCAUGCGGACAGUAUGGUCCUCGUUACCACAGCGGAAGGUAUCGAGAGGGCGCACAAAGAGGCUAGAUUAGCAAGUCUGAUAGGAGUCGAAGGGGGCCAUGCUGUUGGAGCGAGUCUCGCGGUCCUGAGGAUGCUGUAUGAGUUGGGCGCCAGGUAUCUCACCCUCACGCACACGUGUAACACGCCUUGGGCAGACUGCAGCACGGCGGAUGAACCCGGUCAAGUGCCUCAAAUCGGUGGUCUCUCGAAUUUCGGCAAGAGUGUCGUGUUGGAGAUGAAUCGACUUGGGAUGAUGGUGGACCUCUCUCAUGUCUCGGUGCCCACGAUGCUGGCAGCUAUGACGACGUCGAGGGCGCCAGUGAUUUUCAGUCACAGCAGCGCUCACGCUCUUUGCAACUCCUCGCGAAAUGUGCCUGACCACGCGCUGCGACUUUUGGCGCAGACCGGUGGUAUAGUUAUGGUAUCCUUCUACCCCCAUUUUAUCAGCUGUGGCGAAAAAUCGACGCUUGAGGAUGUAGCAGCGCACAUCAAUCACGUGCGGAAGAUAGCCGGAGUGGAUCACGUCGGCAUCGGGGCUGGAUACGACGGGAUCAAUUUAACACCAACGGGUCUGGAGGAUGUCAGCAAGUAUCCGGAGCUCUUCGCGGAAUUGCUAGCGCAUGGAUGGUCGGAGAAAGACAUCCAGAAGUUGGCUGGUCUGAAUCUUAUACGGGUAUUCAAGGCGGUGGAACAGAUUCGGGACAACCUGGCCGCUGAAGGGAUGGAACCGCUGGAGGAGGAGAUCCCGCAGGAGGAUAUAAUCGGUCGUGAUUACUGCCGUUACAACAUAAAGCGUCCGAUGACGCCUUAAGCUGCCGGAAUCCUCUCAGCGAACGCCGUGAAACGUAACUCGCAAACGAGUCGAGCGAUCGAAACAGAAACAGAGAGAUAUAAAGUAUACAAAGAAAAGAGAAAGAGAGAGAGAAAUAGAAGGAUGAGAGGAGUGGAAGGCAAAAGUUCACUGCCCCAACGGGUAAAACUCACCCUUUACAACUUUACCACUAAGUUUGCGAGACCCCUCGCGUCUCCUAGAAACGACACGGUAUCCGCUGCACAUACAGAUAUGCACACGUUCUCUUUCUUUUCUUUUCUCUCUCUCUCUCUCUCUUUCUCUCUCCCUCCCCCCCCUCUUUCUCUCUCUCUCUCUCUCUCUCUCUCUCUCUCUCUGUCUUACCUCUUUCGAUCCUUCUCGUCCUUACCCACGAUUCUCAUCUUUGUACGUAAGUAGGUAGAUAAACUCGAUUUCCGCCAAGGAUCUCGGAGUCAGGAGAUGUGAGUAUUCACGAAAAAUAUCAAGACGGUCAGUGAACGUCAGUACCGCGACUAAGAGCACAGCGUCGCGAAUAAAAAUUGUAGUUAGACUAACAAUGAGUCGCAUCGCUAAGUUAUUUCUAGAGGUAAAAUAAGAUCGGCUUACAAGUUUUACUUCCGUCUUUUAGCUCUUUUAUCGCUUGAUCUGCUUCACAAAGAAACAUAGUAAUGACAAAAU